AUGUGUACCCAUUCGAUCAAAAAUGCCAAUCGAUGGCCACUGCGAAGAUGCUGCCAUCGGCGUACACUUCACCUGCCGCUGCCGCGUCUCCCCGUCGAUUCUGCGAUCCCGUCCUCGUGGAUCUAGUCAAUAUGUUCUUUGCAGCAUUGGUGACAAUCUUUUCGCUGUAUGCCGCGUCGCGCCGAGCUCUACAGAUGGCAUAAAUCUCUACCCAGUGGAUGCAACCGUGACGUUACGACGCGAUUCACGGGCGUUGAGCGAGCUGCAGGCAUCUCUACUUAUCCACGACAACAAGACAAACUCUAGCGAUGUAGUACAGGAUCGUGAACUGCAUUGGAUAUCUCGUGCAGCUGUGCGUACCGCUGUUGCGAUGACGCUGGAGUUGCUACCCUCGUCAAACUCUCAACUGCUGCGUGACGCAGACACUCGCUCGUUGCUGCAACAAACACUACAGCGAAAUGUUGUGGUGUGUGCAGGCGCAAGAGUGAAGCUGCCGACCCUGGCUGGUCUCGUGGCGGAGAGCAGAGGUGUGGAAGAUAAGGAGCAAGAACAAGUGCUCACGUUCCGCGUGGUGUCCACUUACCCUGCUGCACCCUUUGUCCGGAUCACUUCUGGUACUCGUGUAACGUUGACAGAGCCUGGAAAUAUCGAUGGAGGAGAUGGAAAUGAAGCUGAAGACUCAGUCGUGACAUCUCCACCUGCACAACAGGACAAGGGAGUGAAGGUAGGAGGAAUGGAGGACGAACGAGCGGCUCUGCGGGAAUUGAUUUUACUUCCAGUGGCGCACCCGCGACUGCGCUUGGAGUUGGGUGUGGAAUUUCCAAAGGGUGUGUUGCUGUGUGGACCUCCUGGUGUGGGUAAGACGCUGCUGGUGCGGUCGGUUGUGCACGAAUGUCGUCAGGUUAAGGAUGCGUCUGGAGCUCCACUAGAUCUGAAUCUACAGGUCAUCAACGGGUCUGAAAUAAUGACUAGCGGUCGCGGAGAUGCCGAACAGACUUUGCGUGGCACGUUCGAUAAUGCAGUGGUUCAUGCUCGCAGUGCUCGCCACGCAGCUAGCGUCAUCUUUAUCGACGAGCUCGAUGCUCUUUGUCCCAAGCGAGAAGCUGCAGGUGGAGGGGCCUCAUCGUCACACAGUCGCAUUGUUGCUCAGUUGCUGACGCUAUUAGACGGUGUAGAGGGUGGCCUCUCGCGUGAAAAUGUGGUUGUUGCAGCUGCCACGAACCUGCCAAACUCUAUCGAUCCAGCGCUACGUCGGCCAGGACGAUUCGACCGCGAGAUCUUCGUAGCUCCACCAAAUACAGCGUUGCGCAAGAAGAUUUUCAAGGUGCAUCUUAGCCGGACUCCUUACGCUCUCACCAACGGCUCGGCAGAGGAGGCUGAACAACAACGUGAUACUUUUCUCGACACAUUAGCUGCAAAAGCUGUUGGCUACGUUGGCGCAGAUAUUGCCGCUUUGUGUCGUGAAGCUGCCAUGGUGGCGUCGACGCGGCAGCUUGUGGCUCUUUCUCAAGAUCGUGAUCUAGAACAAUGGUGGGAAGACUGGAAACGCCGUGUUGAGCCUCUCACUGGUGUCCAGAACGCAUCGCCAACACUUGAAGCUGUUGUCGCGGGUCGAGCUUGGCAUGCGAACCCUGCUGCUAUCAUACCGCUGUGGUUUCUCGCUAAGCAAAACAGCCAACAAGAUGCUGAUAAUACUGGAGAUAGCGAACAUCAACGACAGUCAGACUUGGGAUAUUUCAGGUUUCUUUUAGGUGGCGAACGACAACGCAUCAAACCUUCGUCUCGUCAUGAGAAGGAUGAAAAGGUACAGACAUUUGAAGUGACCAUGGCCGAUUUUGAUCAAGCUAUGCAAACCGUCGUACCGUCAGCUCUUCGAGGCGCCAGCGGAUUCACCAAGGACUUUGAGCGACAAGGCUGGGAUAGUAUUGGCGGUCAGGCAGAGACUAAGCUCGCCUUGCAACAAGCACUUGAAUGGCCUAUCAAGUAUCCGCAGACCUUUUCUCGGCUCGGCGUGAAGCCACCACGUGGUGUUUUACUUUAUGGUCCACCAGGAUGUAGUAAAAGCUCCGUUGUCCGUGCAGCAGCUCACUCAAGUGGAGCCACCUUCCUGUCGCUAUCAGCAGCUCAGGUAUUCUCCCCAUUCUUUGGCGACGCAGAAGCUGCUGUUCGCCAAGUCUUCCGCGACGCACGAGCAGCACUCCCUGCCAUUAUUUUCUUCGACGAAAUCGACGUGAUGGUUGCCAAGCGGGAGUUUGAUGGAUCUGGAGGUGGAGAAGGUGGAACUUCUACUGCUAUGCGUGUGCUCUCCACGAUGCUCAAUGAAAUGGACGGCGUCGAGUCAGCCGAAGGACUCUUGGUCAUUGGCGCAACGAAUCGUCCGGCUUGUAUCGAUGCAGCACUCAUGCGACCGGGUCGGUUUGAUCGGAUCCUCUUUGUAGAUCUCCCAGCUGAAGGCGAUCGCGUUGAGAUCUUGCGGAUCCACUCACGGCCGAUGCAACUGAACGAUGAUGUCGAUCUACCUGCUUUGGCUAGUCGUACACCAUAUUUCAGUGGAGCUGAACUUGAGAAUUUAUGCCGCGAAGCAGCACUACUCGCCCUUCGAGAGUCUCUGGAUGCCGAGAAAGUGUGCAUGCGCCACUUUGAUCAAGCUCUUCUUGGUAUCACGCCUGUGUCUUCUAAGGAAUCCGUGCAAGACUACAUCGAGUUCGCGGAAGCUAUGGGCCAUCUGUCAUAGGAUACGAACACAAUAGAAUAGAUGCAUCUGACAC